CGCCGCCGGUCGCGGAGGGAAGGUGAGAGCGAGCGCCCAGGCCGCCGCCGCCGCCGCCGCCGCCCGCUCACCGCGCGCCGCUGUCCGUCCCCCGGCGCGGCCGUCCCCGCAGGUUUCCCAUUUAGAAAGUGGAUGUGUGGGGUAACAUGUCCAGUGUGUCCGAGGAGAGAAGAAAAAGGCAGCAGAACAUUCAGGAAGGCCUGCAGUUUAUACAGUCACCGCUGUCGUAUCCAGGAACCCAGGAACAAUAUGCGGUGUAUUUAGGUGCUCUCGUGAGAAAUCUUUUUAACGAAGGGAAUGAUGUUUAUCGGGAGCGUGACUGGAACAGCUCCGUAAGCCAGUAUUCAGAAGCUUUGAGUAUAGCUGAUUAUGCAAAGUCUGAAGAAAUUUUAAUCCCUAAAGAAAUCAUUGAAAAACUACAUAUAAAUCGUAUUGCUUGCUAUUCUAUUAUGGGCUUCCAUGAUAAAGUCUUAGAAGACUGCGAGACAGUUCUCAGUCUCAAUGCCAGUAACUGCAAAGCUCUGUAUCGGAAAUCUAAGGCUCUCAGCGAUUUGGGAAGAUACAAAGAGGCUUACGACGCUGUGGCGAAGUGCUCCUUGGCAGUGCCUCAGGAUGAACAUGUAAUAAAACUCACACAAGAACUAGCUCAGAAAUUGGGAUUUAAAAUAAGAAAAGCAUAUGUCAGAGCCGAGGUGAGCCGAAGUUCUCUCUGUAAGCUCUCACUAAAAUCAGUUCCUGGGGAUGGGGCUGCCAAGGCUUUGAACUGUUCUGUGGAAGAUAUUGAGCCAGAUUUAUUAACUCCGAGGCAAGAAGCAGUUCCUGUUGUCUCUAUACCUACUUCCAGUUUUUCUCACCAAGUUGGAAGUGAGCUGGCCUCAGUUCCUGUUAUGCCCAUAGCUUCUGUGUUGCCGCUGCCGGUGGAAGAGAGUUCUCUGCCGUCGACCGUGUUGGCAAAUGGAGGGAAGAUCCCCUUCGUUAUGCCGGAACCGUUUUUAGAUGAUGGCGACAUGGUCCUGGGAGAUGAGAUAGAUGAGCUCCUUGACUCUGCGCCUGAAACUAAUGAAAAUGUUAUGCCAUCAGCCUUAGUCAGAGGCCCCCUGUCAACGGCCACUGUCACCCCAAACAUCCCCUUCUCGGCGUCUCUCCUGGGCACCCUGCCCAUUGGUGCAAGAUACGCGCCUGCACCCUCCUUCUCGGAGCUCUUCCCACCUCUGGCUUCAUCCUUGGAAGAUUUCUGUUCUUCUCUAAAGUCGUUUUCAAUGAGCGAAUCCAAACGAGAUCUGUCCACCUCAACUUCUAGAGAGGGAACAUCGCUUAACAGCAGUAAUUCUUCCCUUUUACUUAUGAAUGGACCGAGCAGUUUGUUUGCUUCGGAGAGUUUCCUGGGCCUUUCAACUCCCGCCAGGAAUGAGUUUGGAAACAUUUUCGCAAGUGCAGUACCUAAGCCACCUUCUUCAGUGACCCCAAGACAUCCCCUCGAAGGAACCCAUGAACUGAGACAAGCUUGCCAGAUCUGUUUUGUAAAAUCAGGCCCUAAGUUAAUGGAUUUCACUUACCUUGCUAAUAUAGAUCAUAAAUGUAAGAAAGAUAUUUUAAUUGGUAGGAUAAAGAAUGUUGAAGAUAAAUCAUGGAAAAAAAUACGUCCAAGACCAACAAAAACAAAUUAUGAAGGACCUUAUUAUAUAUGUAAAGAUGUUGCUGCCGAGGAGGAAUGUAGAUACUCAGGCCACUGCACAUUUGCUUAUUGCCAAGAAGAGAUAGACGUCUGGACCCUGGAGCGAAAGGGGGCGUUUAGUAGGGAGGCUUUCUUCGGCGGCAAUGGAAAGAUCCACCUUACCGUAUUCAAACUUCUCCAAGAGCAUCUUGGAGAAUUUAUAUUCCUGUGUGAGAAAUGUUUUGAUCAUAAGCCUAGAAUGAUAAGUAAAAGAAACAAAGAUAAUUCUACUUCUUGUUCUCAUCCUGUUACAAAGCACGAGUUUGAAGACAAUAAGUGCCUUGUCCACAUUUUGCGAGAGACAACAGUAAAAUACUCCAAAAUCCGCUCUUUUCAUGGCCAGUGUCAGCUUGACCUAUGCCGACACGAGGUUCGCUAUGGCUGUCUGCGGGAAGACGAGUGCUUUUAUGCACAUAGCCUCGUGGAAUUGAAAGUCUGGAUGUUGCAGAGUGAAACAGGAAUCUCACAUGACGCUAUUGCCGAGGAAUCUAAACGCUAUUGGCAAAACUUGGAAGCAAAUGUACCUGGAGCACAGGUACUUGGCGAUCAAAUAAUGCCUGGAUCUCUUAAUAUGAAGAUAAAAUUUGUAUGUGCUCAGUGUCUGAGAAAUGGUCAAGUCAUUGAACCAGACAAAAACAGAAAAUAUUGUAGUGCAAAAGCAAGGCAUUCGUGGACCAAAGAUCGGCGGGCCAUGAGAGUGAUGUCUAUUGAACGUAAGAAGUGGAUGAACAUCCGUCCUCUCCCCACAAAGAAACAAAUGCCUUUACAGUUUGAUCUGUGCAAUCAUAUUGCCUCUGGAAAAAAAUGUCAGUAUGUUGGGAACUGUUCCUUCGCUCACAGUCCCGAGGAGCGAGACGUGUGGACGUACAUGAAGGAGAAUGGGAUACAAGAUAUGGAGCAGUUUUAUGAACUCUGGCUAAAGAGCCAAAAAAAUGAAAAAAGCGACGACGUAGCCAGUCAGUCCAACAAAGACAACGGGAAGCAGAUUCACAUGCCUACGGAUUACGCGGAAGUCACCGUGGACUUCCACUGUUGGAUGUGCAGGAAGAACUGUAACAGCGAGAAGCAGUGGCAGGGCCACAUCUCCUCCGAGAAGCACAAGGAGAAGGUUUUCUACACCGAAAGUGACCAGUACUGCUGGCAGCACCGCUUCCCAACAGGAUAUUUUAGUAUUUGUGAUAGGUAUAUAAAUGGCACCUGCACGGAAGGAAGCAGCUGUAAGUUCGCACACGGCAACGCUGAACUUCAAGAAUGGGAAGAAAGAAGAGAUGCCCUUAAGAUGAAGCUCAACAAAGCCCGAAAAGAUCACUUAAUUGCCCCCAACGAUAAUGACUUUGGAAAAUAUAGUUUUUUGUUUAAAGAUUUAAACUAACAUGCUGGCUUUUAUGUAUGUUACCUAAUCAGAGCAUUGACCAGAGAAAUUGCAGGUUCUACGGCACGUGGCAGAGGAGCUGCAGAUUUUCUGCUUCUAUUGGCGUUUCUCUUCCCUCCUGAGCAGCAACCCACAGUAGAUAGGAAAACGGGCUGUCUGAUGGGUCUGGCCAGGCUCUCACGGCACCCGUGGCAUCAGAUGGCCAAGUGACCGCUACCGGUUGCCAUCUCUUGAACAGACUUUUGGAUGAAUUAUGUUGGGGAGGAGGAUACGGUGAUGUUGAGGGCAACUCCUCGAGUUGGUCCUUCAAGACAGAUCCGUGAUGGUGAGAGAGAAACACUGUGCUGGGAUCAGAACAUGUGGCGGAUGAAAUGCUUCACACGUUUUAAGCCGAAGGAAAUUUGUCUAAUAUAAUAAAGUUUGCUACUUAAUCUGUACGUAGGUUGCUAAAAAGGAUUUUCUUAACUCAGAUUUUAAGCCAAAUAACCAUUUAACACUAGUAUAUGUUAAAUGGGGUAUUUUUCUGUAUUUGUAUGUUUCACUAUAAUAAGGGAACCGAAGAUGAUGCGUAUUGAGAAUAUUUUGAAAAAUAAUCAGGUUGACUCAAAUUUUAUUUCUUGGUCUUUUGCUGUUUAAAUAAUGAUUUUGAACGAUUAAACUUGUACUGUUGGUAUUGUGUCGUGUAUGGACCAAUAUUGCCUGUAAUAAAGAUUUUAUAUAUAGAUGUCUUUCA